AUGGUCAACUACGGCGUUUCCCGGGGCUGCGAGACAUGCAAGAAACGACGCAAGAAGUGUGACGAGGCCCGCCCUUCUUGCCAACGCUGCCUUAAAUCUCGUCGAGUAUGCCCCGGCUACAAGGACGAUGGGAUGCUGGUGUUCCGACAUUAUCAACCUGUUGAUAACACCAGCGCAUUGCAAUUUGACAGAUGGUCUCCUCGAACAAACGUACUACUCGAAGACUUUGCACUCGACAUCUUUCUAGACAGCUUCGUUGUCCAAUCUCACGAUAGACGACAAUCACAGGGGUUUCUGGACGGGAUGCACUCCCUACUCGCCAAUGCCGAUUCCGCUUGCACCCUUAUCUCUGCAGCUAGAGUUAUUACCCUUGCGUCAAUAGCCAACCGCACUAGACGGCACAGUCUAUUGGAGGCUGCACAAAAACGGUACGGCCAGCUUCUGAUGAACUUUACCACCCAUUUGUCACGAGAAAAGACAGGCAUCUCAUUCAAGUAUUUUCUCACCGCCGUAUUGCUGGGGCUAUAUGAGGUGGGUUUUGGACAGGUAGUGCAAAAUUGCUACGAAUUUUAA